GAGAGUCUUCUUUUUACACAGGACAAACCAGCACACAAAGUGUUUAUUUUCAAUUUUACUUUAUACCUGGUAUAUACUCCCAUAUUUACUUCUAUAGAAUUAGACAGUUAAUAUCAAGUUAUAUCAAGUUAUUUUUGAUCCACAGAUAGCAAAGCAAACUCACAAACGAACCUCACAGAUAUUUCAAUUGUAAACUAUAUUUAAUAUAUAUUCACUUAUAGUUAUAUAGAUCUGGAGUUUGUUUGACUAUUAUCAUCUGUUUAUUUACUGCAACAAUAUUUUUAUAUUACUAGGAUAGUUUUAGUUAUUGUCUAGCUUUAUAUUGCCCAUAGCAGCUUGUUUCACUUGACUCUCUUCUAUUGACUUUCCACCAUGUCCAAUUUUGAAGACGACGAAGCCUUAUUCGAUGACAUUUAUGCAGGUGAUCAACCUAAAACCGUUGACACUGCGCCUUCAAAUGUUACCGAAAAAGAAACUUCUCUCACACAACAACCAUCAAGCUAUAAUAAUGAAGCACAAGCCACCACCGAUAAUACUGGUAAUGAUGCAGCUGUUGGUACGGUUCCAGAAAGUGAAUCGGUCAACCAAAGUGGCUCAUUACAACCUUAUAACAACCUUCCUUUGACCGACUCUAACUCUAGCAAUACUACUGAACAACCCCAGCAGAAUUUACUACCUAGUGUUAACGGACAAGGCCAAGGUCAGAUUCCUGGCCAGCCUGACUAUGCCACCGCGUUCCAGCAGCUGCAGCAAUUCCAAAUGAUGCAACAGCAGCAGCAACAGCAACAGCCGGGCCAGGGGCAGAUGCCAAUGCAUGGAAUGCCUCAACUAUCACAGUAUCAACAGUAUCAGCAAUUCCAGAAUCAAAACCAAAAUCAAAACCAAAAUCAAGGCCAAGGCCAAAUUGAAAAUCAAAAUCAAAAUCAAGGUGAUGUUCAAAACCAAAACCAAACUAAUGCACACAUUCCUGAUAUCACUGAAGUUGAAGUUCCAACCAAUUAUAAAGAUACAGUGAAGGCAGACUUGUCUAAUAAGGAUGUUGGAAAGCUUUUCAUUGGUGGUUUGAACUGGGAAACUGACGAAGAUAGAUUGAAACAAUACUUCGGUAAAUAUGGUGAGGUUCUUGAGACAAAUGUCAUGAGAGAUAGUAGUACUGGUAAGUCCAGAGGUUUCGCCUUUUUGACCUUUGCAGCCAGUGAUAGUGUUGAUGCCGUUCUGAGAGAAAAGCAUAUUCUUGACGGUAAGUUGAUUGACCCAAAGAGAGCUAUCCCAAAAGAUGAACAAGAAAAGGUUGGUAAGGUGUUUGUGGGUGGUAUCGCAGCUGAUGUCACCCCUGAAGAAUUCAGAAAUUAUUUUGAAAAAUUUGGUACUAUCAUUGAUUCUCAGUUGAUGAUCAACAAAGAUACUGGUAAGUCUAGAGGUUACGGUUUCGUUACCUAUGAUUCUGCCGAAGCAGUUGAUAGGGUGACAAGAAACAAUUAUGUCAUGUUCCACGGGAAGAAGAUGGAAAUCAAGAAAGCAGAACCUAGAACUCAACACCUGAGAAAUCAAGGUAAAACUGCUGAUGGUUCCAGCCCAAUGGGUGGUAACCAGAUGAACAUGAUGAAUAACGGCGGCUACAUGAUGAACGGCUAUGGAGACAUGUCACAAUAUUGGCAGCAGAUGCAACAGAUGCAACAGAUGCAGCAAUAUUGGAUGCAAAUGCAACAACAGCAGCAACAAAAUCAGCAAAUGUCGCCAAACUCCCAGGAAGCUCAAAUCAACAUGUACCAAAUGGGAAAUGAUAAUGGCAAUAGCAAUAACAAUGAUGAUGAUGUUCCAAACCCACAAGAGCGUGGAAACCAAUACCGCGAUGAUGAAGAAGAUUCAAGAAGCAUUCCCAACUUACCAUCUGGUCCUAAAAAAUUCAGGGAAAAAGGUUCAGGAGGCAGUUCAGGAGACCGUGACCGGGAUCGGGACAGAGAUCGGGAUCGUGGAAAUGGUGGAAACGGUGGUAGCCGUUUUAACGAGAGAAGAAGUGGUGGUGGUGGCGGCGGUAAUGGAGGUGGUAGUAGAAGAAGCGGAAAGUACAGAAGUGGAAGAAGGAACAACUACCAUCCAUAUCGCAGAUCGUAAAUGAGUUGAUGAAAGGCUACUCAUAUUGCUACAAAUGUAUAUAGGUGAUAUAUAUACGCAUGAGUGUAUGUAUGAUGUGUAUGUUCUGGCAUGAAUAAUCGUUUUUCUAAUAUACUUCCUUUUUAUGUUUCACU